AUGGAAUCUCGACAAGCAAUGCAACGUGGCGGUAAUAUUGUGAAACAAGCACCAUUACCUGACUCUCGUCCACAGCAAAGAAUCGUGAGCGCUGCGAAUUGUGUAUUCGUAGAAAACAAUUCGCAAGUUUCUGUCUUUCCCGGUUUUUGGAAGAACGACUCACGUUUCUUCAAACUAGCUGCUGCAAGGUCACCUCAGAUGACCGUUCAUGAAUUCUUAACCGAAAAUUCAAUGCCUUCGACAUCUCGACGUGCUUUUAUCACUACAGCACCUUCUGAAACAAGUGAUGUCAUUGAGAGCGCAGUAGAUUCCUCAUCCUCAUCCACCACAUAUACCCAUGAAAUAACGAGUCCGAGCCAAGCGCAACGCAGACAAGGAAUUCGUGAGCGUCAGGUUGGUUCGAUCCGUCAAUAUUUGAAGGAGCAAAUGACUCCGGAAGAGUUGAAAAAGUUGAAAGCGAAAUGGGCCGAGGCAGCAAGACGAAGACGUGCGAAUAUGAGUGAAGAGAAGAAACAACUGCAAAAACUGAAAUGGGCUGAAGCUGCCCGAAGAAGAUACCACAAUAUGAGCGAAGAGGAGAGGAAGCAGCUGGGCGCACGUCAGACGGAACGAAAACGUCUCAAGAGACAAAUGCUGGCCGAAGCAGCAAAAGCGGCCGCAUUGGCGCAGACAAUCGAGAAGCCGUCUCGUGAUGACUUGAAUGGUGAUUGCUCCUACUAA